GUUCCAAAACUAUUGUAAAAACUUGACUUCCUUUUAAGAGACAGACAUUUCCUUGACCAGAUUACAGUAACACCAUGCACAUAUGGUUACAACAAAUUAGAUUGUGAGGCAGGAUAAUGGUAGGAAAUGUUACGUUGGACUGUUGAAUUGGAAGGUGGACCUAAAAGGGUUAACCAUGCAGCUGUUGCUAUUAGUGACAGAAUAUACAGUUUUGGGGGGUACUGUACAGGAGAAAACUAUGAAACCACCACACCUAUGGAUGUCCACUUGUUGGAUACAGUUUCCUUGAGGUGGAGAUUAAUACUAUUAGAAGAACCAGAUAAUUUAACAUCAAUUCCAUACCAGAGAUAUGGUCAUACUGCUGUAGCUUAUAAUGAGAAUGCUUACAUCUGGGGAGGACGAAAUGAUAAAGAUGGAGCUUGUAAUAUUUUGUAUGGAUUUAAUAGCAAUACACAUGUAUGGUUUAGGCCAGAUGUGUGUGGUUCUAUUCCAAAUGCCAGAGAUGGUCAUUCUGCCUGUGUUAUUAACCAUAAGAUGUAUGUCUUUGGAGGAUAUGAAGAAGAGACAGACAGAUUUUCAAAUGAGAUUUAUGCUUUAGAUUUUUCCACUUUUUCUUGGUCACUGAUUGUACCUUCAAAUGGUGAACCAGCACGUUGGAGAGAUUUUCACACUGCUACUGGAAUUGGACAUCUGAUGUAUAUUUUUGGUGGUAGAAGUGAUCAUGGAGGCAAUGUGUAUACUAACAAUGAGAUUUAUUGUAAUAAAUUACAAAUUUUUGACACUUUAAAUAGGACAUGGAUAGAACCAGAAACCACCGGUGUAUUACCUAUUGGACGAAGAAGUCAUUCUGCUUUUGUGUACAGGGGUUACCUGUAUAUAUUUGGUGGCUACAAUGGCAAAUUUGACUACCACUUCAGAGAUGUUCUUAGAUUUGAUCCUGUGCAUCUGCAUUGGUCUAUGGUCAAACUAAAAGGUAAAGGUCCAUGUGCUCGGAGACGACAAUGUUGUUGUGUGAUAGGAAACAAAGUCUUUCUGUUUGGUGGUACUAGUCCAUCUGUGAAACCUGCCAUACCUAAUCAAAACAAUGAUUCAGAUUUAACUGAUCACUCUGAUCUCCAUGUAUUAGACUUUGCACCAACAUUGAAAACCUUGUGUCAGAUUGCAGUUGUAGACAACAAAAUAAAAACAGAUUGUUUACCACAGGUUCUCCAAUGGGAGAUUGCUGCAAUGACUACAAACAAUACUAUAUCAAGUGCUAGACCCAGCAACACAAAUGGAUGAGUGAAUAUUCAGUAAACACCUUGCAUUUAUCAUUGCAUUACCUAAGCUUGUGUUAGAGGAAUUGUGAUGUUUGUGUUCAGUGACAAGUAUAUGUGUUACACAGAAAUUACUUAUUUGUCAAUCAAUUGUUAUUGCAACCAGUCAGGAUGAGGGCUAGUAUUGUUUGAUGAUAAAAUCAGUAUUGGUGAGGGGAAACCCAUUGAUCUUAGGAACUUUACCCAGAUUUUACAUAUUAGACAAAUUUGUUAAAGCUAUCGAUUCAAUAUUGAUAUAGAAUUUACCAUUGAAACACUUGCAAGAAAACUGGUUAACAUGAUAUAAUGGCUUAUGAAUAUUUACCAAAAAAUAUCAUAAAUAGUUCUCAUCAUCAAUAAUUUACAUGUUUGCUUCUAUUGCCAUAGUGAGUGAGUCUCAGUGAAACCGUCUCUCUUUAAAGCAUUAACAAUAUAUGUCUCAUCCAGUUGAAGUAUUACCUGUAGAUAAAUACAUAAAGAUUUUGAUUUCAUGAAUGUUUGAACUGUUUCAAUUAUUUACUUCAAGUGCUGAUUUUUUUUUAAAUUUUUUAAAUGUUUAUUUAUAGUGUUUCUUCGACUUUGAUUGCCCACUUGUAUUUUCUUUCCGUUUUCACUGAACCUGUGCAUUUAAUUAAUUGUAAUAAAUCAUUCUUCAUUUUUGUAACAAGUAUGAAAAUGUAUUUUUGUGAGAAUAUUUUUGUCAGGACAGUGAGGUCUCUUUUCUACUUUGCUAAAGGAGUAAUUACCAUGACAUUAUUUUUAUAUCUUUUACAUUUUUCUUUCUAAUAUAUGAAGUUAAAAAUGAUUAUAAAUUAAAAUAAAUAAUUUACCUUGCAACUGUGUUCUUCAGUGCUGUAAUCUAGAAUUAUCAGCAUCUUGAAAAGAAUUAUCCAUCCACUGCUAUUCUAGUGCACUAGCAGUGAGUUAUGAGCUGGUACUGGUUUGAAAGCAGCAAUUUACGUGUUGUUACCUUCGCUUUGUUUUUUUAAAUAUCUGUCAUGAUAAUGUAUUAAUAUGUUUAUAUAUGCCCCCGCCCUAAUUUCAACUGUGAUAAUGUCAUAAUUUAUUCCUAAAUGUAAUUUUUGUUUGGACCGUGUAAGGUGGAUUUGGCUAUUAUUUUAGGUAUUUUUAUUGUAAUAAAACUCUUCAUAUACAUUCUCGGCUUUGAAAGUUCCUGAUGAGGGUAAAUCCAGAAAAUAGCUUUGAGUGCAUAUUGUGUUGAAUUAAUUUUUUAAUCACACUGGCAGGUGUUUUGUUUUCUUAUUCAACAGUUGUUAUAUCUUUAAUUAAGAGGUCAUCUAAAACUGUCAACAUUUUUCACCAGUAAGCACAGGAAUUUCAACCAUUCACACUUUUGGAAUGCCAACAACACAAGAAACCUGAUUAUCAUAAGUUUUGACAUCAAGAAAUAAUUCAGGAUAUGUAUUACCAUUAUUGAUAAUUUUUGUUCAAAUUUAAAACUUGAAGAAACCUUUUUUUUGCUAUAAACAUUUGACUUAUUACACAAAAUAGAAGUGCUGAUGGACUGACAGACCCUUAUUAUAUAUGUAGAUAUUUUUUUUCGAUGAGGUAAUAAGUAUUUGAUAAUAAAACUUUUUGAAAUCUACAUCAAAUUUUGUUUACAUUCUUUGCUGUGAUAUAUUUUUUUUUAAUUAUGUAUGUUAACAUUAAUAUCAACAAUAUACAGAACUAUCAUGUUAUUAAUUAUGCUAAUGGAAAUGUUUAUUUUUUUCAUCAAAUGUGAAGGUAAUAUAAAGAUAACUAAGUUUUUAUUGAAGGUACAUGUUCUUGAAUAUUUUUUUUUAAGGAAGUAAUCAAAAGUCUUUGAAGCAUCAUUUUCACACAAAGAUCUACCAGGGUAGUUAGACAAUUAUGAUUUGAGAAAUUUUUAAAUGCUGUUUCAGGUUAAAGUGAAAUAAUAUGCAAGAAAUUAAAAAUAUAAUAAUAGUUAUACAUGUAUAUCUUCGAUUACAUAUUUUAUGUACUAAAAUAUUUAAUAAGUUUGGAUCUUCUUACUUUCAAUUAAAUAUACUUGAUCUAA